AUGACGAGCACUAGAACUAAACAAAGGAAAAUAAUGGAAGAACUUGAUUCUUACAAUUUUGAUAAUUUUGACAAUCAUGAUCAAUUAAAAUACUUACCCACUAAUAAAGCGGUUAAUGAAGAACUAACAUUUCACCCAAAUCAUUUAUCAUUGGCUAGUAUUCCGGAUAUUAAUAAUUCUUAUGAUUCUAGUAAUCAUGAAGAUAAUGUAGAUCAAUGUACAAUGGUAAAAGAUAUUCCUACUUUUCUUGCAAGUAAUUUUUCUAAAGUUACAAAUCAUCCAUCGGAUUUAUGUGAUGAAAUUAGAAAGAAAUUAGCUAGUUGGGCUGUUGAGUUCAACAUUCCACGCAAUGCUCUUAAUGCAUUAUUGCUAAUUUUAAGACAAUUUCCAGGAUUUACUGAGCUUCCUAAAGAUUCUAGAAGUGUGUUGAAAACUAGAAAUAUUAAUGAAACAGCAUGCCUUACCAUAAUUGAACCGGGUGUUUACUAUCAUUUUGGGUUGAUUCCAGCUAUUAAGAGACAUUUUAAUUUAAAUCCCAUAAUCAAUAACACAGAUGUGGUUAAAAUAGUCAUAGGCAUUGAUGGUCUACCUAUUUCAAAAAGUAGUUCAAGUCAAUUGUGGCCUAUUCUGGGAUACAUUCGUCCAUUAGAUAAUGCUGUAUUUCCUAUUGGUAUAUAUUGGGGCCACGAAAAGCCUAAAAAUUCGAACGAUUAUCUUGAACAGUUUAUAUUGGAAGCUAAAAAUGUGUUAUUAAAUGGUGUUAAUGUUGAUGGGACUAUUAUUAAAGUUGAAAUUGAUGGUUUUUGCUUAGAUGCGCCAGCAAAAUCGUUUAUUUUAAAAAUAAAAGGUCAUACAGGUUUUGACUCAUGUACUCGUUGUAGAGAAGAAGGUGAAUACCUCCAAAAUCGAACAUGUUUUCCAUUUACACAAAAUAAUUUACUAAAGCGUACUCAUAAUGAUUAUAUUACUAGAGAACAUGAUGAACAUCAUGUAGGCAGUGCCAUUUCAGAUUUAUCUAUUUUACCAAAUAUUGAUAUAGUAGCCAAUUUUUCAUUAGAUUAUAUGCAUUUAACAUGCUUAGGUGUGAUGAAAAAAUUGAUUCAUUUGUGGAUCGAUAAAGGACCUUUAAAUGUACGAUUACCAAGUUCGGUUACUAAAACACUUUCAAUAUCACUAUCCUCAUUAGCGCAAUAUAUACCUUGUGAGUUUUCUCGAAAACCCAGAGGUUUAAAUGAACUAUCUAGAUUUAAACAGUGUUGA